CAAACGUUCUGCGGCUGUGAGUUGGUGCCAGGAGGGCGGAGACCCACGGGGAGGCCCCGUGGACCCCGCAGGGGUGCAGGGCACUGAUUCCAAGAGGCCAGGGUUUGCGGUGCCUGGCUCAGUCCCGUGAUUGUAGCCCUGCUCAGCUAGGGGCGGGGCAGGGGCGCCCCGCGGACCUCGCAGGGUCCUCAAAAAGCCCCAGAAGCACGAGGAGGAGUGAGGGGGUGUUGGUCGCCCGCGUACCUGGGGGCGUGCACCUCUCCCCACAGAGGUCGCGAUGCCGCCUGCCACGCCGGUCAGCAGGGUCUCCCUUAGGGAGCUCGCUGACCUGGCCAUUGGCACCCCAGAGGUGGGCGCCGUCAACUUCACGGCCCUGCAUACUCUCAUUGUGGCCAUCCUCAAGAAUCUCAACCUCCAAGAGACACUCAUCGACUUCCAGUCCCUGUCGCCCGAGGGAGGCCGCUCAAUCGAGUCCCUCCGCUCAAUUGAGCCCCUCCGAACUUCGCGCAGCACUCUUAGCACACCACAGUUACACCCGAGCAAAGAGAAGCGCAAGAUUGGGAGAUCAUCCUCCCAGAUCCUGGAGAGCCAGGUGAAGGACCUGGGCGACCAGGUGCAGGACCUCACCAAGCAGCUCCAGGCCGUGGACAGCCAGGUGCAGGUCAUCGUUACCCACGUGCAGCAAAUCACCUCGCAGACCAUGGACUUCGAGGCCCCCACGGUGCUGGAGGUAAAGGACAUGCCAGACACGGAGGAGGCUCGGAUAAGGUCGAUGAAGGUCCAGGAGGACGUAAGGAAGCCCUCGGACCUGCUCCAGGAUGCUGUGGAAGAUGCAAAAAGUUUGAAAGAAGCACGCCCAAAAGCACAGGCGUUGAAACCACAGAGUUUCCAGGAAGUUUUGCGGCGCAUGGAAGGGCGCAUGGAAGAGCUCGAGAAGCUAGUCAAAGAGCGAGAUGAUUUCCUGGACUACGUGAGCCAGAAACUGAAUUUUCUUCCUGGUGGAGAAGAAGUGACCAUGGUCACCUGGGAAGAGCUAGAGCAAGCCAUUGCCGAUGGCUGGAGGGCCACCCAAGCGGGCUCAGAAACAACAGUAGGACUUUCUAAGCGCAAAGCGCAGUCUCCCUUAACAGCAAGUGACAUCAUUCCAAGUGGGAGCUCCACCAAGCAUGCAAGCGCUGAUCACAUUCCAGAUUCCACUGGCGGACCAGGUCAGGUCUUACCGGGAUCCAGUGCCACAGGCCACCUCUACGAAAGGGUCCCUAGCAGAGAACGAAGCAAAGGCACCUUUGUUCCUGGUAAAGAACAGCACACAAGGGCCCGUGAUGAAGCUAGCAUGUCCAGACUGCAUCAGCCUUCUACAUCCCAAUUGAGAACAGAUUCAGAUCUCCACAGGAGCAGAGAACGGUUUACUUCAAUGUAUCCAAGAAGAGAUAUACAUACCAGUCCAGCUCAGCAAGACACACCCUUGGCCAGAGAUCAGUAUCAGUAUGUGCAUCCAGAUCAGCGUGGUGGGGUACCCACGAGCCAGGGUCAAGGCUUCCUAAGCCAGGAUCAUCAUGAAAUAGGACUACCUGGCAUGGAUCAGCUUGGAUUCCUACAUCCUAGCACUAUACCACCUGGUGUGGUACCCAUCAGUGUAAAUCAGCUUGGUAUGCUACCACCUCAAGUGGAUGGUCAGGGAUUGGUACCACUUGGCAUGGAUCAGCAUGGAUUUGUAAUAUAUGGCAUGGAUCAACAAGGACUGGCUCCCCCGGGCAGGGACCAGCAAGGAUUAGUACCUUCUGGCACAGACCAACGUGGAUUGCCUCCAGUUCCUAUAGAUGGACAUCAUUUGGUAUCACCUGGUUUGAUUCAAGUUAGUGCAGAUCAACAAGGCUUUGUGCAGCCCAGUUUAGAAGCAUCUGGCUUUAUACAACCUGGCACAGAGCGUGGUGGUUUGAUUCAGCCAGAGAGAGAUCAGACUGCUUUGGAGCAGCCUGAUACAUAUCAGCCUGGCUUGGCCCAGCCUGUUGCAGAUCAACGUGGUUUGGUACAGCCUGGUGAAUAUUCACCUGGUUUGGUACAACCUGGCAAAGAUCAAGAUAGUUUGACCCAACCUCGAAUGGGUCAGCGUAGGUUAAUAAAACCUGGUACGGUUCAGCAGGUUUUGAUGCAGCCUGGUGUAGAUCAGCUUGAUGUGGCACAGCAUGGUGCAGAUCAGCAUAGGUCAGUCCACCCUGAAAAGGGUCAGUAUGAUCUCUUGCAACCUGGGGCAUUUCCUAGUGGUUGGGUGCAGCCUGGUGCAUAUCCCCCUGGUUGGACACAGCCUGGUGCAGAUUCCCGUGGAUUGGUCCAACCUGGUAUAGGUCAACGUGGUUUGGUUCAGCCAAGAGCUGAUCGACAUGGUUUUGUGCAGCCUGGAAUGGACCAGCGUGAUUUGGUACAAGCCAGUGCAGAUCAACAAGGUCUGGUGCCACCCAGUGCAGAUCAACAAGGUCUGGUGCCACCCAGUGCAGAUCAACAAGGUCUGGUGCCACCCAGUGCAGAUCAGCAUGGUUUGGUGCAGCCUGGUGCAGUUCAGCAUGGCUUGGUGCAGCCUGGAAUGGAUCAGCAUGGUUCAGUGCAACCUGGUGCAGAGCAGCAAGGUUUGAUGCAACCUGGUGCUGAUCAGCAUGAUUUGGUACCACCUGGCGAAGUUCAGCAUACUUUGGUGCAACCUGGCAUGGAUCAGCAAGGUUUGUUGCAGCCUGGUACAGUUCAGCAUGGUUUGGUGCAGCCUGGUGUAGGACCGCUUGGUUUGACACCUCCUGGUGCAUUUCCACGUGGAUUGGUGCAGCCUGGUGCUUUUCCGCGUGGGUUGGUGCAGCCUGGUGCAUUUCCACGUGGAUUGGUGCAGCCUGGUGCCUUUCCAGGUGGAUUGGUGCAGCCUGGUGCAUUUCCGCGUGGAAUGGUGCAGCCUGGUGCAUUUCCGCGUGGAAUGGUGCAGCCUGGUGCAGGUCAGUUUGGAAUGGUACCACCUGGCAUGGAUCAACAUGCAUUAGUGCAACCUGGUGCCGAUCAACGUGGUUUGUUGCAAUCUGGUGCAGAUCAGCAUGGUUUGGCACAACCUGUUACAGAUCAAGAUGGCCUGGUGCAACCUGGCACAGAUCAGGGCGCUUUGACACAACCUGGCACAGAUCAGGGCGCUUUGACACAACCUGGCACAGAUCAGGGCACUUUGACACAACCUGGCACAGAUCAGGGCGCUGUGACACAACCUGGCACAGAUCAGGGCGCUGUGACACAACCUGGCACAGAUCGGAGUGGUUUGGUACAACCAGGUGUUGAUUGGAGUGGUUUGGCACAAUCUCGUGCAGGUCAGUUUGGUGUGGUGCAACCUGGAAUUGGGCAGCAUGUUUUGUUACAGCCUGGGGCAGAUCCUCGUCGCUUGGUUCAACCUGGUACUUAUAUGCCUAGCUUGGCUCAGCCUGGUCCAUAUCCUCCUGGUUUGGCCCAAUCUGGUGUACACCCACCUGGUUUGGUGCCGCCUAGGGCACAACAGCCUAGUUUGUUCCAAUCUGGUAUCUCUCCUUAUGGUUUGGUUCAACCUGGUGCAUAUCCACAUGGUUUGGUGCAAUCUGGAAUGGAUCAGCGUGGUUUGAGACCAUCGAGUGCAGAUCAGCAAGGCUUGAUAGCACAAGGCCCAGGGUUGCAUAGCUUUCCAACACUCCAGGCAGAUUCUAGAAGCUUGAGAUCACCUCACCCAUAUCAGUAUGGUGUGUUACCUCCUGGCCAAGAACAAUAUGGUCGAGUGUCGCCACUCCUACCAGGUCAAGGCUCAUCAUCACCACGUACAGACACACAGAGUUUAGUAUCACCAGACACCCAUUGGCCAGGUGUGACGCAUCCUGGUAUAGAUCAGCAAAGCCCAGCGCCAUUAGGCACAGAUAUGGGGUCUGCACACCCUGACCCAGAUCAGCAAGGCCAGCUGUACCCAGGUGCAGUUCAAUCUGGUCAGGCGUAUCCUGUCGGGGACCAGCAGGGCCCAGUGUACCCAGACUACGGUGGCCCAGGGUACACAGGUGUUGAUCCACAUGGCCAGGUAGCUUUGGAUCCAAACAGGAUUCCUGCCUUUCCUGCUCAGACUGACCUACGCCAAGAUGCCACCUCUUUCAGGAGUCGAGACUCCCUUAGCUUUCCCCAAGUCUCACCAGAAGGAAGUGAACCCAGGAGUGGGGCCCAGAGCGAGCGGCAUGAGUCAGUGGAGAAACUGGCUCCUAACUUCCCCAUGGCCCUGGAGACCUUUCGUCUGAUGGGAGAGCUCAUCGGCCUCUAUGUGGAGCUAAAGGAAAGGAUGAAGGAGCUGGAUGACAAGGCUGGCCAAACCGACUCGGAGAAGAUCCAGUACCUGUUUACGCUGCUGGUCAAGAAGACCUUACCCCCUGACCUGGACGAACAGAUGAAGUCCUUAAAGACCUUGGCCAAAGAAGUUCGCCAGGAAAAGGCAAAACUGGACAAGUUGCAAAGGAUCCUGGAGGGCGAUGGUGAGGCCCCAGGGAAGGAGCUGAAGGCUGGUCAGCUAGGCCUGCAGCUGGGCCUCCUCAGAGUCACCGUGACUGACAUUGAGAAGGAGCUGGCUGAGCUGAGGGACAGCCAAGAGCAGGGCAAGGCCGCCAUGGAGAAUUCAGUGGUUGAAGCCUCCCUAUUCCUACAGGAUCAGUUAGACAAGCUCAGGACGAUCAUCGAGAACAUGCUGGCCUCCUCCUCCACACUGCUGUCCCUGAGCAUGACGCCACACAAGUCCCUGGCCGGCAUGGCACCCAGCGAGAUUCACCCCGAGGCCACUUGCCCCGCCUGCAGCUUGGACCUAAGCCACCAGGUCAGCACACUGGUGCAACGCUACGAGCACCUGCAGGAAAUGGUCAACAACCUGGCUGCCUCCCGGCCCUCUAAGAAAACCAAGCUUCAGAGCCAGGACGAAGAGCUGCUGGGCCGUGUGCAGAGCGCCAUCCUGCAGGUGCAGGGCGACUGCGAGAAGCUCAACAUCACCACCAGCAACCUCAUUGAGGACCAUCGGCAGAAGCAGAAAGACAUAGAUGUGCUGUACCAGGGCCUGGAGAAACUUGAGAAGGAAAAGGCCAACAGGGAGCACCUACAGAUGGAGAUCAACGUGAAAGCUGAUAAGAGCACCCUGGCGUCCAAAGUGAGCCGUGUGCAGUUUGAUGCCACCACGGAGCAGCUGAACCACAUGAUGCAGGAGCUCAUGGCCAAGAUGAGAGGGCAGGAGCAGGACUGGCAGAAGCUGCUGGACAAGCUCCUGGCAGAGAUGGACAUGAAGCUGGACCGCUUGGAGCUGGACCCAGUGAAACAGGAGCUGGAGGAUCGGUGGAAGUCACUUCGGGAGCAGCUCAAAGAGCGCUCUCCCCUCUACCAGGCAGAUGAGGCAGCCGCCAUGCGGAGGCAGCUCUUGGCUCAUUUCCACUGCCUGUCCUGUGACCGUCCUUUGGAGACUCCUGUGACUGGACAAAUCAUCCCUGUGACUCCUGUGGGUCAGGCCCUGCCUGGGCACCGUUCCAUCCGCCCCUACACGGUGUUUGAGCUGGGGCAGGUCCGCCAGCAGAGCCGCAACCUCAAGCUUGGCGGCACCUUCCCUCGGGGCGACCAGUCAUCAGUGGAGCGGAGUGUGGGCCGCCUGCGCACCAUGCACUCUAAGAUGCUGCUGGACAUCGAGAAGGUGCAGAUUCACUUCGGAGGCUCGGUGAAGGCCAGCAGUCAGAUGAUCCGUGAGCUGCUGCAGGCCCACUGCCUCAGCUCUCCCUGCUACAAACGGGUGCCCGACUCUUCGGAUUACACCUACUCAACCAUGUCCCGGCGCUGUGGGGGCAGCCACACUCUCACCUACCCCUACCGCCGCAACCGCCUGCAGCACCUGCCCCAGGGCCUGUAUGCCCCCGAAGAGAUCCAGAUCGCCAUGAAGCAUGACGAGGUGGAUAUCCUGGGCCUGGAUGGACAUAUUUACAAGGGACGGAUGGACACGAGGCUGCCAGGCAUCCUGACCAAAGACCGGACGACGAAACACAAGCCCAAGCAGUCUCGGCCCCAUGGGCACAGGCAGCAGCCCCUCAGCAACACCAGCCAGCUGCCCUCUCGGCCUCAGAGCGCUCAGGCGUCGGCUGCAAACUCCUCAGUUUCUUCAAAGCAACGCAAAGACAGACCUGUCUCCUCGGAGGGCCGGCUAGCCCAGUCUGAUAUGACCCACCCACCCAGCCCCGACCUGCAGGGUGGCCCCACGGAGCUGGGGAUGAACACGGCUAUGCCUCCUGAGGAGGGGCUUGAGGAGCCCACCAGGGGGCCAAGGCCCAGCACGGCCCAAUGAACAGAGCUGUAAAUAAAGUCUGGGAAGAAGG